CUAUGAAAAAGAUGGGAAGAGCAUAUGGGUCGCUACAUUUGCACAACUACCAGGCUUCCCAAUCCUCAUUCCAUUUUACUGCAUCUCACUCUCACCACCCAAAAAUCCCAUCACAAACACACAAACAAAGCAGCCAUCUGCCUUGGUUCUAGCAUCGAUCUAUUUCUCCUUUGGCAUAUUCCUAGCAGCUGAUACAAUAAUGAUGUAUUCAAUUGGACUCUUUUACCUUCCAGUUUCUACUUUCUCCCUCAUUUGUGCUUCCCAGUUGGCCUUCAACGCACUCUUCUCAUUUUUCCUCCACUCCCAAAAGUUCACUCCCUUUAUAAUCAAUUUCCUUGUCCUUCUAACCAUCUCCUCAACCCUCCUGAUAUUUCAGGCUGAUACUUCAGACCAUGGUUUAAUUUCUAAAGGGAUGUAUGCAAUUGGAUUCAUAUGCACCAUGAGCGCAUCCGCCGGGUAUGAAUUGAUGCUUUCUCUUACACAAGUCUUCUUUACAAGGUUUCCAAAGGGAGAAACACAGACAAAAGUCUUUGAGAUGAUGAUAUACUAGUCAAUAAUUGCAACUUCUGCUGCUCUAGUGGGACUCUUCAUCAGUGGAGAAUGGAAAGGUUUGUCAAGAGAGAUGGAGGAGUUUGGUCUGGGAAAGUUUUCCUAUGCCAUGACUCUAAUUGAAACAGCUAUAGCUUCACAGAUCUUUGUUGUUGGGACAAUACGAUUGAUUUUUGAAGUAUCUUCUUUGUUUUCCGAUGCCAUAAGUGUCUUGGGUCUGCCUGUCAUACCAAUUCUAGCUGUGAUCUUCUUCCAUGAUAAAAUGGAUGCAAUAAAGGUAAUAGCCAUGG